GGAAGAGUCGCUGUGAAUGAAGUGCUGCAUCAGAUAUAAAGGAAACAUGGACUGUGUAAAGAAAAAAAGGUUCAUGUUCUGCGUGAUGUUUUUUGUGUCAGUUCUCACGUUCUCAGUUUUAUACAGAUUGCAGGUUCGCAUUGGAUUCUUAAUGUUCUCUACGAAACUAACACCUCUAUCUUUCAUGUGCCUUAAUGAGAAAAAGCAACAAGACACACAAAACAAUGAGGACACUUCUAAUACAGACAGUGAGAGUUCUACAAAAUGUGACCUUAAUGGAAUUUGGACUAUUAAACCUGAUGGAAGAUUAGGUAAUCAGAUGGGCGAGUAUGCAACCUUGUAUGCCUUAGCCAAAGCAAAUGGACGCCAACCUUUCAUCCUUCCAGAAAUGCACUCCUAUUUAGCACCUAUCUUCAAAAUCACGUUGCCUGUCUUACAUCAAGAUGCUGUUAACCUUAUUUCAUUCAAAGAAUACUGGAUACACGACUGGAUGUCGGAGGAGUAUAACCAUGUUGAUGAAACUUUUCUGAAGUUUACUGGGUAUCCCUGUUCAUGGACCUUCUACCAUCACCUUCGUGAUGAUAUCCGUAGAGAAUUCACUAUCCACGACCAUCUUAAGAAAGAAGCCAAUCAAGUGCUACACGGAAUGAAAGGUUCACGGACGGACGUUACCUAUAUCGGUGUUCACGUUCGCAGAGGUGACUACGUCAGUGUUAUGCCUAACGUAUGGAAAGGAGUGAUUGCAGACAGAGGAUAUUUGGAAAAGGCCAUGGGUUACUUCCGAAAAAAGUACAAGGAGCCUAUCUUUGUGGUGACAAGCAAUGGGAUGGAUUGGUGCAAAGAUAACAUUGACAACUCAAGGGGAGAUGUUUAUUUCUCAGGUGAUGGAAAUGAGUCAACUCCUGGGAAAGAUUUUGCACUCCUUAUGAGUUGUAACCACACAAUAAUGACCAUUGGGACCUUUGGCUACUGGGCAAGUUAUCUAGUAGGAGGAGAAGCUAUUUACCUCACUAAUUUCACUUUACCGGAUUCGGAAUUUCUAAAACUUUUUCAUUAUGAUGCUGCCUUUCUACCUGAGUGGAUUGGGAUUGCUGCUGAUCUUUCCCCACUCUUACAUUAAUAAAACUAGCCUUUCAAGAGUUCCAUACAACGAGGGUUUCUUUACAUCAAGACCUCGACAAAACAAAAAUGCUAUCUCCUACAGAAAAGUGGACUAACAGGUUAAAAGAUCAGUUAAAUAGGUUUUCAUAUCAUAACACCAUUGUUUGUUGUGAUAACUUGAUUAUUUAUUAACUCUUUGUGUCUUUUGGCAGCUUACUUGUUUAGCUCACGGUGUCCUAUGAAGUUGCUUUCCAUCUAUAUUGACUUAUUCAUCCUUAGAGGACAUUUCUUGAAAAAAAACGUGAUGUACUUUUCUGGUUUAAUCAUUUAUUGGAAAGGUUGUUUUUUUAACUAAACAAUUUUAAUAAAAUGGAAAACAAAAAUAGCAAUUUUACAUAUCUCAUAAUUACAUGUAUCUUCUUUUUAAGGUGAUGCUUACAAAAAGUUGUGAGAGGUCUUAUUGCACUUGGUUAACACGUCAGAAGCUGUUUUAUGGUAUAAUUACCCUUAGUGAAUAAGAAGUAAAGCACUGAAAUGGAUAAAUAACUUAAAAAGAAACAAAACUUGAAUUUAUGUGACGGGUCAAUCUGCUGCUUGAGAUUUUUUGUUCUGCAAGUUAAGAUGCAAGAGCAGAAUAAUGUGUGGCUCAGGGACUACAAAGCUUCUUGCUACAUUCACAGAUCAUAUUGGGUGGGGUUAAAGAUAAAGAGUUUUUCUACGGCAAAGUUCUAAACUUGGAAUAAAUAAGCAGCAUACUUUUUAUUACAAUUGCUCCGUGUUUGGAUCUAUGCCCAGAAAUGCUAUUUAAACACACAUAUCCUAAAAACACCUGAUGCCUUCUUUUGCAGGUGGUUGUUGCUUUUGAAUGAUGUAAAUUAUUUUGUAUCAUAAAAAUUAUAUAUAUUAUUUUGUAUGAAUUGUUUUUUAAUGUACGUGUUCAAUAUGUUUAAACUAUACAGGUAAUUGUGCAAUGCCAUUGAGAGUUCUAACAUAUCCAUGGGUUAACUAGAUAUAUACAGUUAUAUAACAGUUAAAUUGAAAAAAAAAAUCUAAUUAAUGAAUAUAGUAAUCAUCUCUCAUUUUUAAUUCAUUAACUCAGUAGUUUUUGAUAUGUUCUGAUUUAUGCUGACAUCAUAUAAUGUGGACAUGCCUUCCAAAUAUCACAAGUUCAGGGGGAAUGUCCAGAAUGUGGAUUUGUUUUUCACCACCCCAGGUUUGUUCCCUAGUGUCUCACAUCAGGGGAAAUCUCCCCAAAUCAUUAAAGGCUGAGCUGAGUAAAAUCUUUAGAAGUACUGUAAGCUGGGGCUGUCCUAAUUAGUGUCAGCUAAAAAGGCUGUCAAUCAGCAUGUCAUGCACGCUAAAAUGUCCCUUUCUAGAUGGGCUUACCCUUUAACUGGAAGGUCUGCCCCUCUUUGUCCUCCUCCCCCCGUUCUGGCCCAUCCACCUGUCCCGGAUCCCAUACCUCCUAAAUUGGAAGGUAUGUUACAGAAUUAGAAUUUCUGCAGUGAUUUUAAUGAUCAUGUUAAACAUAAGCAUACAUGUUUUCAAAAAAUAAAGGUCUGUAAAAGCAAGAGAGGAGCAUAAACGUAUAUUUUGCUAUUCAUUAUUAACCCCAUCACAAUUAAAAUUGUGUCUGCAUGUUUUUUUCCUUCUAUUUGCAUUGGAAAAAUGAAAUUAAGUCCGUAUAGCCCCAUUUACCUUUAUUUAUAACCCAGAAAUAAUUACCAGAUUGGCCGAAUGAAUGAAUAUCUCUGCCAGGAGCCCAUUCCAUUCUAUGUAAUGUUUGCAAAUAUCCUGAUAAUUACAGCCUCCCUCCUCCUUCCAACUGUAAAGGAACACUUUGAAGGUCAUAGCAUUCCUACAGUGAGGAAGGAAUGAAUGGUAUUAAU